AUGGCGACCUUCGAUCUACCUGCUCGUCUGUACUGUCUAGCGGCAGGCGUUCUUCUUACCGUGGUCGCGACGGUCAGAUACUUCCGUCGAUUCUCACUCAAGGACAUACGCGGCCCGAGCCGCUCGUCUUUCUGGACAGGCAACAUCGGGGACUUCAGAUAUCAACCCGAGGUCGGUGACGUUGAGUUCCAAUGGCUUAAGGAGUAUGGCGGUGUUUGGAAGCUACACGAACCACUCUGUGGCGAACGGCUAGUGCUCGCCGAUCCCAAGGCGCUGCAAUACGUUCUUCAGACGUCUGGUUACAGAUUCCCCAAGAAUGCAGCAGCUCAGGGAGAACUUCACAUGGUCUUUGGCGACGGUAUCCUCUGGGUCCAGGGUAACCAGCACCAACGACAUAGGAAGAUCAUGAACCCUGCCUUCUCGGUCCCACAACUCAAGUCUUUCCUUCCGGUCUUUCUUCGCUACGCAGAGAAGCUUGUGCAAAAGUGGAAGGAAGAGGAGGUUACGCCGGGUAGCGGGGCUGUCGAACCCGUAGUUGACGUCUACACGUGGCUCUCUCGCACAACGCUCGAUGUCAUCGGGGAAACGGGCUUUGGUUUUGAAUUCGGUGCCCUGGAUCGGAAGGGGAGCGACCUCUCUCACGCGUACGAGGGACUCUUCCUUGAAGGCAAUCUCUACCCGGCUCGUUGGUUCUUGGUCUUCCAGUCCCUCUGGAGAUACAUCCCGCCGUCAAUCUUGUGGUACAUGCGUUACAUGCCCACGCGCGAGGCCCGUCGCUUCCGCACGUACCUGGACUACAUUCGAAAGUUCGGUCGUGAGCUUGUCUCCCAGGCUCAGGUCGACAACGAGGUUGCGGCAAAGGACGUCAUGAGCGUCCUAUUGCGCGCCAAUGGAGCCGAGGAUGAAGCUCUCAAGCUGAGCGAUGGCGAACUCUAUGAUCAGAUAUCGAACAUCAUCCUCGCUGGCCACGAUACCACGUCCUCGUCCUUGACGUUUUGGUUAUGGGAGCUUGCGCGUCAUCCCGACUGGCAGACGCGCGUGCGCGACGAAGUCCGUGAAGUACGCCGCAAGCUGGCCGAUCGCGGCGAUGCCGGAUUCACCCUAGCCGAUCUCGAGGGCAUGUCGGUCAUGCAUGCGACGCUGAAGGAGGCGAUGCGCCUGCACCCCAUUGUUCCGUGGCUUGAACGCAAGGCCGCGCAGGACGACGUGCUUCCGCUCGCCCACCCGAUCAUGACCAAGUCCGGGAAGAUGAUAUCGUCCAUCCCAAUCAGCAAAGGACAAGAGGUCUACAUCAGCAUGGCCGCAUAUAAUCGCAACCCUGAAGUAUGGGGCGCGGAUGCUCAUGAAUUCAAUCCUGACCGCUUCAUGAACUUCAACAAGUCCGAGAUGACUCCUGUUGGCCUCUAUGCGAACUUGCUCAACUUCUCUGCUGGGGUCCGUGGCUGCAUAGGCUGGCGCUUCGCAGUGAUUGAGAUGCAGGCGAUCGCUGCGACGCUCAUUGAGAGCUACGAGUUUGCGCUUCCACCGCAGACGAAGGACAAUACCAUCAAGCGUAUGCCGACCGUGAUCAUGGCCCCCGCGACGGAGGCUCACCCGACGGGCUGGUUGGGCUUGAAGGUCAAGUACUGUGGAGAUAUGUGA